CCAUUGCAAUAACGGAACAUGAAGUUGGCGUCUCUCAUGGCGAUUCGGCGAUCACGGAACAUGAAGUUGUCUUCUUCCUCUUCUUCGCUCUUCAAGUUGGGGUCCCUUCUAAACCCUUGGUUCGAUUUCAAUUGCAACAGCUAUAGGACCUUAAUCCUCUGCAAAACCUUAAGCACAUCUUCAGCUGUUCCGAGUAACUAUCAAAGGCCUACUCCCUCUAGUUACCAGGAUGAGAGAAACCCUAAUAGCCACUGGAACCAUGGGAAUUCUAAUCAGUGGGGCUCGCCCCAGGGCCAGAGUAACCCUAAUCAGUGGCCCUCUCAAGGCGGAAGGAACCAUAUUCAAUGGAAUGAACAGACCCAGACCCAGCAACAACUUCCUCAACAUACGAACUCUGGCAAUAGUCAGUUCAAUUACCAAAAUUUUAAACAGAAUAAUGCCAAUAGGGGAUACCCUGUAUCAUUUGCUCAACAAGAACCACAGCAAAAGCAAAAUCAGUGGAGUCCCCAAGUUCAAAACUACCCCCAAUACCAAAACCCUGGUCAGGUGAACACUAAUCGGCUGAAUUCCCCGGCUAACAACUUUUCUCAUCAUCAACAGCAACCACAACAAAAUCCUAAUCAGUGGAAUUCCCAGACUCGAAACUAUCCCCAAUACCAAAACCCUCGUGAGGUGCACCCUAAUGCCCAGGGUUAUCGGCAACCCAGAAGCCCAAAUCAAUUGAACAAUCAAAAUCAGGUGUACCCACAAGCUGGAAACCCUCAGCAGUGGGCUCCUCAGGGUCAAAACCCAACCUUCCAGAAUACAGCACAGGAUAUGAAUGCUGACAUCAAUGUUGCUGCUCCGGCUCCUUCAAUUGUUGAUUUGAUGCGCUUGUGUAAGGAGGGAAAACUUAAGGAAGCUAUCGAGUUGCUGGAUAAAGGUGUUAAAGCUGAUGCUGAUUGCUUUUAUGCUUUGUUUGAGUUGUGUCUGAAACUUGAGGAUGCAAAAAAGGUACAUGAUUUCUGUUUGCAAUCAUCAUAUAGAGGUGAUCUCAAGUUGAACAAUAAGGUGAUUGAAAUGUAUGGCAAAUGUGCAAGUAUGACUGAUGCGAGGAGAGUUUUUGAUCAUAUGCCAGAUAGGAAUAUGGAUUCAUGGCAUCUGAUGAUAAAUGGGUAUGCAAAUAAUAAUUUGGGAGAUGACGGUUUGCUAUUGUUUGAGCAGAUGAGGAAAUUAGGGUUGAAACCAACUGAGGAAACAUUCCUUGCAGUUUUGUCUGCUUGUGCCAGUGCAGAUGCGGUGGAGGAAGGAUUUUUACAUCUUGAGUCUAUGAAGAAUGAGUAUGGAAUUAAUCCAAGGAUGGAACAUUAUUUGGGGGUUAUUGAUGUACUUGGGAAGUCUGGGUUUGUUAAUGAAAUUGAAGAGUACAUUGAGAAACUGCCUUUUGAGUCGACAGUGGAAAUUUGGGGUGCAUUGAGGAAUUAUGCUCGAAUUCAUGGAGAUGUUGAUCUUGAAGACCUUGCUGAGGAGUUGAUGGUUGCUCUUGACUCAUCAAAGGCUUUUGCUAACAAGAUACCUACUCCGCUGCCAAAGAAAUAUAGUGCAAUCAGCAUGCUUGAAGGAAAGAAUAGAAUAGCCGAGUUUCGGAACCCUACCCUUUACAAAGAUGAUGAGAAAUUGAAGGCAAUGAGUAAGGCGGUGAGUUAUGUGCCAGACACCAGAUAUGUUCUUCAUGACAUUGAUCAAGAAGCCAAGGAGCAAGCCUUGUUAUAUCACAGUGAGCGUUUGGCAAUUGCAUAUGGUCUCAUCAGUACUCCUGCAAGAACACCUUUGAGGAUAAUUAAAAACCUCCGUGUGUGUGGUGAUUGUCACAAUGCUAUCAAGAUAAUGUCCAAGAUUGUUGGGAGGGAAUUGAUUGUCAGGGAUAACAAAAGAUUUCAUCAUUUCAGGGAUGGCAGUUGCUCUUGUGGAGAUUAUUGGUGAAGUUAUCAACACUUUGAACACUCACCAUGUGUAUAAAGCAAAGAUCAUUUCUCUUUUAGGAAUUUUGGUAUGUAAAUUGUCGAAUCUUUUGAACCAUAUCUGCUACUGUGGACGGUAAAACCAACACAUCUAGAGAUAGAAAAUGAACAUUUUACUGCUUCACACGUACGGUCUGGUUGUUUUAAUGUUCAAUCAAUUACUUGUUAUGAGAUUUCCCUGUGAUUCACAA